AUGACCAACGGUGAGGUGUACGCCUUGCUGCGCCGUCGCCGCGAUGAGCGAAACGCGGCGCGGCACCCGCCUUUUGGACUGCAGCCCGUGCUCGCCGACAGCCACCAGCGUGCGGCUGUCGCCACCGGCGCUGCUGCAGCAACCGCGGUCGUGCCAUCAGCGGCGGCAUCCGCGUCAGCUAUAUCCAGAGCAGCGUCGGUGAUGAGCCACAGCAACGUCGGGCAGAAUAGCGGCAGCAAGGCAGCGCCGGCGGGGACCAUUGCAAUCACCUCCUCCGCAGCAGCAGCGGCGUCGACCGCCAGCAUCCUCGCCUCACCCUCCUCCGUACACCUGGUCGUGCUCCUUACAGAGGUAACCAUGCUCAACUACAUCGCAAACCACUCCUCCCUGCUGCUCGAAUCGGCAAGCCCGGCGCCGGCUGGCGCGCGAGCGCGCACGUGUACGCUGCGCGACGUGUACGGGCCCACGUCGGUGUACAACCGGGUCGUUGGCUCCGAAAGUCGAAGUGGUGCCGCUGUAGGGGCGUCGGCAACGGCCGCGGGCUCGCUGGUGGAUUCAGAGCUCGUGUCAUCGUGCUACGCCAAGUUGGCCUCCCACCGCCCAGGGACACGCGGCCACGUCCGCGGCGUCGAGGAGCUGCUGGAGCACUUUGAAGAGGUGGGGCGUGCGCAGGAGCGCUUCUACGCGGCAGGGGUGCGCCGCGCGGUGCAACGGCUUUGGCGCCGGCGGCUGUGGGUGCCAACGGAGGGCCCGCACCCGCCGCCAUCUCCGCCGUUGCGCAACGGUAGCGCCCUGAUAAAAAUCGAGUCGGUCGCCGAGGAGGACGUUGACAGCACAACGGAGGCGGUGCAGAGGUUGUCGCUGGCUGCCCAGCACCCGUCAUCCCCCGCAGUGGCAGCAACGACGACGUCGCAGGACAAGGUAGCCAGGCAGAGCGGUGCUGGACAGACGAGCAACGACGUUGAAGGUGCGCAGCCCACCAACGCGUCGCAUGUGGUGACGCCGCUGCUGUUCGAGCCUACUCCACUAUGGAGCCCAGCGGCGAGGAACGGUGGUGGCAAGGGUAGCGCAGAUGGCGGUGCGGCUGCCGCGAGCACGGCGCACAGUCCCCUCAGCUAUCACGCGCAGCUACAGCUGCAGCAGGCGAGUCGGUCUCUGCUGUCGGAGGCCGAAGUACUACAGCUCGUCGUAGGCCGGCCACAGCGUGCACUUGACGUGUACCGGCUGCUGGACGACGUCGAUGGCCGCCUGCAGUACAGGGAAGAAGCGGUGAACGCCUUCGUGGAGGCCGUGACGGCCGUCUUCGCUGAAUGGGGAGUGCGGGGCGGAGGGCGGAGGUGA